AUGAAAAUUACAUCGAGAUGGACAAAUUCUAUUUUAGGAGCAAAUGUAGAGGAUUCAGUAGGGACAAAUACGUCUAAGGGUUUGACGCAAGAUUUGCAAAUUUCAUCAACUAUUCAGAGAUUCUGAGUUACUAUUACUGAAGUUGUUAUAUCAAGAAGAAGACAAAAAAUUUGGCCUGGGGUACCGACUGAGACUUGAACUGUGUAA